AUGGGGCAAAAGAAGCGUGGCCAUCCCGAUGUCGAGGAGGUCCUGGCACGUCCUUGGUGCUACUACUGCGAGCGCGAUUUCGAGGACCUGAAGCUGCUCAUUUCGCACCAAAAAGCAAAGCACUUCAAAUGCGACCGGUGCGGGCGGCGGCUCAACACGGCCGGAGGUCUCUCUGUGCAUCUGAACCAGGUGCACAAGGAAACGCUCAGCCAGGUCGAAAAUGCGCUGCCCAACCGGCAGGGGCUCGAGGUUGAAAUCUUUGGCAUGGAGGGGAUUCCCCAGGAGGCUCUCGAUCAGCACCGCAACCGAAUCAUCCAGAACUUCUAUCAGGCCCAGGAGGACCGCCGAAUCGCCACCGGCAACCCGGCUUCCGGGCAGGCGAUGCCGCGAAAGAAGAUCAAGAUGGAGGCGUCGGAGGACCUGCUGAAGCGAUUGGCCGAGUUUAGGGCGCAGAAGAAGGCCGGCGUGGGCAAUCCUGGCGCCGAGGCAGCAGCAGCAGCAGCAGAUGCUCCCGCCCCUGCUGCACCAACACUACCUGGCAAUCAGCAACAAGCUGCGGUGCAGUCGGCUUACGCCGGUCAACCGUCGUACGGCUUCUCAGCUACCGAGUCUCUACCAGCCCGGCCGCCCGGCGCCGGCCUCGGCUCGACCGCCCUUCCGCAAAGACCCCCGCAAGGAGCCGGGCACUGGCCCCAGCAGGCCGUUGCAGCAGCCGGACAAGGCGACGAUAUUGAUCAGCUGAUCCGCAUGGCAGAAGCAGGUGUCAGACCCGCCCAGCCCCAAGAGGCCGAGGAGACGUCGGAGAAGAAGGGCAAGAGGGAAAAGGACAAGAAGGGAAGAAUGGUCUACGACGAUGCCGAGUUUAGCCCUGAGGAGAGAAUGGCUGUGCUGCCCCGGUAUGCCUUUGUUGCGGAAGUCGGUGCCUAG